GACAAACUAGUUCCCGUAAGUCAACACACUCAACAUCUGAAAUGUCAAAAAUACCCCUGUUACUUGAUACCCCCUUUUCUCUCUCUCCCCCGUAACCUGAAACUGGAUCACAAUUUUCCGCCAUGGAUGACCAACAUUCUCCUCACUCUCACUCCUCCACCACCGCCACCUCCAAUGUCGAUGUUACCGGUCAUCGCAGACAGGGAGGAGGAGAUGUUUUCGGACUCAGAUCCGCCGGUGCCGGUGGUGGUGCUAAAUACAAGCUAAUGUCACCAGCUAAACUCCCUAUCUCAAGGUCUAACUCCAUCAACGUCCCUCCUGGUCUCAGCCCUACCUCCUUCCUUGAAUCGCCUGUCCUCCUGACUAACAUGAAGGCCGAACCUUCUCCUACCACAGGUUCUUUCUUUAAUUCCUCACUGAUGCAAAGGUCAAUCACCACUGCUGCAUUCUCUUUAGAUGCAAAUUGUUCUUCAAGAAAGCCCUUGGAUGAUAGUAACUCUGGUUUCUUUGAGUUUAAACCACACACCCAAAUUACAUCAGUUCCACAAAGUUCUUCUGCAGGAUAUCAGGUUUCUACAGGUUCAAAUCUUCAAAGAGGAGAACCAAGUGGGCAAUAUCAAAACCAAAGUGAGCCUCAAUCAUACGCAUCUGCAUCUUCAUCUGCUUACAUGUCUCAUGAGGAAACAAACGGAUUGGGGAAGCAUAAAGAUGCGGGACCCACGAUCCAAGUUGACAGGUCAUCAGAUGAUGGAUACAAUUGGAGAAAAUACGGACAGAAAGUUGUGAAAGGAAGUGAACAUCCAAGAAGCUAUUACAAAUGUACACAUCCAAAUUGUGAAGUGAAAAAGAUUUUUGAAAGAUCUUAUACUGGACAAAUAACUGAGAUUGUGUAUAAAGGGACACAUGAUCAUCCUAAACCCCAACCUAGUCGCCGAUUUAGUGCUGGUGCUCUUAUGUCAAUUCAAGAGGAAAAUCUUGAUAAACUUCAAUAUGCAAAUUAUCAACCAGGCAUGUCUGCAAAUAAUGUCCAGAAUCCCAACUUAGAUGACAGUGGAACCCCUGUGCAAUCUCCUAAAUAUGCAAAUCAAGAAAACACAGAUGGGAUUGAUGAUGAGGAUGAUCCAUAUUCCAAAAAAAGGCGAACGGAUUUUGGUGCACUUGAUGUGACUCCAGUGGUGAAGCCUAUCCGUGAGCCACGUGUGGUGGUUCAAACCACCAGUGAGGUUGAUAUAUUGGAUGAUGGAUACCGUUGGAGGAAAUAUGGUCAAAAAGUUGUGAGAGGCAAUCCUAACCCUAGGAGUUAUUACAAAUGCACAAGUGCUGGAUGCAAUGUAAGAAAACAUGUAGAACGCGCGUCACACGAUCCUAAAGCAGUUAUAACCGCAUAUGAAGGAAAACACAAUCAUGAUGUUCCGGUUGUUAAAAACAGCAAUCAUGAUGUUGUGGGUCCAGGGAAUCCAAGGGCUAGAUUAGAUGACAACAACAAUGCCAUCUGUCUUGAUCUUGUGGUUGGCAACGGGUUCCCGGACCACCCACAGCCGCCACAUGGCGCCACCCUCCACAGCCAAGUACACGUUCAAAAUUCAAAUUUCAGAAAAGUUGUUCUGUGGAACGAUGUGUACACAAAUAGAGAGAAUGAUUUGUGUAGAAUGUAGGAUUUGGGGAUGAGAAAAAGAGAAAUGUUGUAACUUGUAACUUGUGAUGGGGGUAUAGUACUUGUUUGGAUUGGGUAACAAUGGGAAGAAGAGAAGGGAAGAUUGUGUAUUGAAUAAAAUAUGUCUGCAUAUAUUUGAUGUAUGGGAAUGUAGGUGUUUUUUUAA